AUGGAACCUCCGACAUAUAACGAAGCCACACUUCCACGCUCUGCUACGAAUGUGGGAGAGCGUGACGUUUGCCCUCCACCUUCCUAUUACGCUUCUCUUGCCCAAUCUUUAGAGCCACCUCCCUAUCAAGAGACCAAUCCGUAUCCUGUGUUGAUGCCAGCAAGCUUCAAUACUCAGCAAAUCUCUCCAGUCAACAUUCAUCUAACACCAUUAGAUGCGGUGGUGUCCCAGCCCCAAGCAGGAGAAUCUGCGACGAUUGCCAACUUGCUCACUUCCCCGGGAAGUGUUCAGUGUCCACACUGCCAGCAGGACGUCAUAACAAAAAUCAAACAAAUGCCUGGCAAGGGUGCUUACACCCUGUGCUGUAUCCUGGCUUUUUCUGGAUUGGUUUGUGGCUUCUGCCUGAUUCCUUUCAUGAUUCCGGACUUUUGGGAUGUUCAUCACUACUGUCCUCAUUGUGGAAAACAUCUACACGUACAUCAUAAAUCUUGA